AUGGUAGGAAGUGAUAAAAUUGAGGCAGUGAACAAGUACAUGGAGACAGUAAAUGUAUGCAGAGAUGUGUUAGCUGAAAUCUCGGUUUUAGAGAAUAUAUGUUUAAAGAAUGGAUGGGGCACACCAAUUUAUCAUCUAUUAACUACCAAUAUCAACGGUUAUCUAUGUUAUAUUUUCAAGGUCACUCUAUCUAGUUUAUCUGGUUCUCAUAUACCAUAUACAAAUGGAUGGCAACCAAGAGUAUUCAGCCGUACUAUAGAGGAAGCGAAGAUCUGUGCUGCAGAACAUGUUCUUGAACAGUUAAGAUAUUAUCAUAAUGAACGUGGUAUGGAGAUGCCUUAUUUAACUAUAACACCGACACUAUACCCUCUUGAUGGCACUUUCUAUCAGAGCCGUCCAAUAGCAGCAGGAGCAAUUUUGCACCCCAAUGGAGUAAUUCCUCACACAGAACAUCACCAUCACCAUCACCACCUUCCUUCUAAUAUAACAGCAACUGCAGUGUUGUCUCCGGUACCUAUGCCUAUAGUACAUGAUCCAACUUCAGGAAAGGUGUCUCAACAAAACAACACACAGAUUGUACCAGUGCUCCCAGAUGGUGAUGGACCCUAUAUUCAAGAACAACAACAGAACUAGUAGCCUUUAUACAGCAGCAAACCAGUUGAAGUAUUUCAUAGUGUAAGACAUCUGUCAAAAAAAAAAAAAAAAAAAAAAAAAAAAAAAGGAAAA